UUAUAGGUUAAAAAUAGAUGAUCAAUUUAUACUGUCUUUUUAAAAUUCUGAUUUUUGUACAAAUUGGAAGCUAAGACUGUAUUGAUCAAAGUUGGCCCGACCUUUGACUUCUCAAGAACAACUUCUCGAACUCUUUCUCAAAUCAAUCGUAUAUAAUGACCACCAUUCGUGAAUUCCUCCUGGACGACCUGUUCAAGUUCAAUCGCAUCGCCUUUGAUCCGCUGGUGGAGGUUUAUUCCCUGCAAUUUGUGUUCCCGAAAAUAAUCGAGCACCCUGAACUGGUCCUUUCGGUAGUGGCUCCGGAUGAUCAGCUCAUGGGCUUCAUCCUGGGCUGCCGCAUCGUCGACGCCGAAGGGACAAUUGCCGACGAAAAGGAUCUGGGCUCCAGUCAUGGCCACAUUUCCUCGUUGGCUGUAGCGCACGAUUAUCGCCGACUGGGUCUGGCCACCCUCCUCUUGGAGAAUCUGCGGGCCAAGAUGAACCACAGCAACGACUGGUUCAUGGAUCUCUUCGUGCGGGCGAAGAAUGAGCAUGCCAUCCGAUUGUACGAGUCCCUGGGCUACGUCAAGUACCGCUGGCUGCCCCAGUUCUAUGCCGAUGAUCAUGGGUAUGACAUGAGGCUGCCGCUUUCCCGGGACGUGGAGCGCAAGUCCCUCGAAGGAAUUACUAUAAACAAACUCUAUAGCUUUGGCAACAUGUUACUCUACCUGGUCAUGAUGUAUUUAAUCGGACUAAGAGAUCUGUUUUUUGGCGACAUUUUUAGGGAGAAUUAGACACAAGUUGAUAAGCCUCUGUUUGUUUUUUAUUAACUGAUCUAGAUACCAAUAAACGUACGUUAAGCCCAGAA